UAAGUUAAGGCUGGGUGAAGCGAGAGGCGAAGCUUUAGUAGCCGUUCCAAGUGGUUCCAUGCAGCAUAGAGUGUGUAUAUCAGGAGUGGGCAGCUCAGUCGCAGUCCGGCAAACCUGAAACCUGACGAAGCAUAAGAGAGUAGGGGUACCUUCUAUAUUCGUUCCGGGAGCAGGAUACGGCGAUUCCGUAAUAUUUAUUUUCCAGAGGAUUGAGUGAGUCACUGGCUGUCUGGCUGGUUGGUUGGGUAGCUAGCUAAAUAGCUGACUGACUGAAUGUCUGCUCUUACUUCGGUUUCGCGAAGUUUUCAAUCUGAGCUGGAUCAUUUAACCAGCCGAUUUCAAUUGCUGGGAGCAACACUGGCGCUGCUUGUUAGUUAUAACAAUAAAUAAGAGUGACUGAAUAACAAGGGUAUCUAAUUUACGUGUUAUGUUACGUGUGCCCCGAGUGAGUGUUAUUGUUGACUUUCUACCAAGGAAUUGGGUGUCAUGUUGGCCUGACGUGCAAUUACAAGAAAGGAGGAAGCGGCCCAGAAACAACGCCACGGAAUUACGUUGCAGCCAACGGAUCGUUGCACCAUCGGCCACCUUAUAGUCGGUUUCUUUUGCUCCAGUAGCACGAAAUCCUGGAUUAUAGUAGCAGGGAGUUGGAUCGAUGAGUGCUCUGUGUUAGUUUGCCAGUUAUAAUAUUCAUGACGCGAUUCUACCUCGAAAUACUUGGCUGAACAUGUCAAUUUUAUGAAACGAUACUUCUGCACAGAUCGAUUCUCUUGUAUGUAUCACGAGUCGUCGCUAAUAAGAAAGUCACUUGACGCGUGUUCUCACUGACGUAACACAUUGCAAGAUCACCGUGGGUGCAAUGUCAAUGCAGCGAGGUACGGCUUCCGGUGAUCGGUAAUGACAGUACAGGUGAUAAAACCUGUUCCAUUCGUAUUUGAAUACUUGAUACUAUUAGUGUAAUAUUUGCCAGAGGCUUAAUCGUGCGCGAAAAAAAUAACAAGCAAUCCGUUAGACCAGCCAGUGAAGUGUUACCAAGAGGUACUAAAGUGAUUUACGCGUCUAUUCGCUCCAAGAUGAGUGCUUUUAGUUUUAUAUUUAUCCGCUCUCGCGUGGACAACGAUUUUAAAGAGAAUCGGAGCUCCUAGCUGGAGGGAUUCACAGUGAAGGAUAUAGCAGUGACAACGACGCAGUCGUGGUAGCAUUGUGUUGAAAGUGCGCCGGAAGUGUUCCCGAAGAAGAAGAUGCUACCAAGAAAAGAAGGGCAUCUGGAGCCUUACGCUCUGGAAGACAUGAUCUCGGAUCUGCAGGCACGCAGAAAUUCAUUCGAUCACGAAGAUGUUCCUGCGGAUCCAUUAGAAUUGUUAAAGCAACGGGAAAGAGACUUGGUCCUGGCUGCUGAGCUCGGCAAAGCCCUCCUCGAGAGGAACCAGGAACUGACCAGACAGAGUGAAGCUCUUACCGAAGAAUAUGCCUCAAAGUUAGAGAGUUUGGAACAGGAGAGGCACCUGUUGAGAAGAAGACUGGAGGAAGCGAGAGGUGAGAGCGAAGCCAGAGCUCUGGAGCUUCAAUCCGACGUGGAAGCCUUGAGGAGUCAAUUAGAAGAACAGACAGAGCGUGCCCGAAGAGCGGAACGCGAGCAAGCGACCCUGGUGUCUGAAUUGACAGCUCAGAAUACCAGAUUAGCUGAUCAAUUGCGUGAAGCUGCUAAGCAGGAGGAGCAACUGCUCCUGGAAGUGAAAGUCUUGAGGGAGAAAUGCACCCUGAGAAAUACCACUCUACAGGAUCAUGUUAGCAGUCUGGAGCUACUUCGAGAUGAGGUGCAGCUGGUAUCCGCACAGAGGACAGAACUAGAGAGGCGGACUCUGGAACUCCGUGAGGAAAGAGCCAGGGCCGUGGCUGCUCUGGAGGAAGCCGAAGAAAGAGCGGCAGCCCUGGAGAGACUGGGACACCAAGCGGAACACAGAGCAAGAAUAGCUGAGCAAGAAAGGGACGAGCUAGCGUCGGCUCUGGCGAACAUCGAGGCUGAGAGAAGAGGUAGAUCUGGGUCGAUACCAAAAACUCCAAGGUCCUUGCAGGCGGAAAUGGAGUGCGAGGAGAGCGGAAGCUCACUUGGUGAACAGGAAGACCUCAGGGCGGAAGUGAUUCGCGCUUGUAAGCGAAUGCGCGAGCUGUGCACUCAUUUGAGAAGAGGCGAGGACGAUUCGGGUCUCCAAAGCGACUGCGACGAGUCCAUGUUGGUUAUUGUUAAUGGAACAGAAGCUGAGGCCAACUGUCCUGGAGCUUUGGCGGAAUUGACGGAGGAGAUAUUCAGGCUGGCUCUGUCCGGCCGAGGUGCACCGGGAGAGCUCGGUCUUGCUGUGGAAUUACACCGGGUACGAGAGGAAUUGGAACACACGAAGGAACAAUUGAAACAAUCGCAGGAAGAGCUGAAGCGCCGCGGAGAGACGCUCCUAGAGACGACGAGUAAACUCAGUGUGUGCGAAGCGGAAUUGCGUGGCGUAAAGGAGGAACGUGAUCGUGCACGUGGCGAUAUAGAAGAUUCAGAGCUGACGAAGGACGAGAUCCUGGCGCAGGCUUAUCAAGUGAGAGACCAGGCGGUGGCGAGGAAGAACCGCGCGGAAGUUGAACUCGCAAGAACGCGGAUAGACGUUCUUCAAGCCAACAGUCAGCUGAUGGAGGCUAUACAACAAAAAGUUGAACUCAGUCAGCAACUGGAACAAUGGCAGAUGGACAUGCAGGCUCUCUUAGACGAGCAAGUUAGGAGUAAAUUAAUGCCAAGCAAUGGUGCACUCACCUGUACGAAUAACGAAGGUUCGGAUAUCGUGGUGCCGGCAAGAAAGAAGAGGAAUACAAGUUCCUCGAAGAAGAUCUUUGGCUUCUUUUGAGGGAAUCGACGGGAAUCAUCCGGGAACUUAUUCACACGCGAAAAUGCUCUCUCGGCGAGUGUCUUCUCGUGCGAUCUCCUCUCGAAUAGAUAAAACUCAUUCUGUAUAGGUACAUGAUGUACAUAGAAAAUAAUAUACAAGAGAAUGCAAAGAAUCUUCAAGAAAAUGAACAUUCUUCCUGCAUUCUCAAAGAUACUCGAUGCGUGCUAGUAGGGACCAUUGCAAUGGUAGUUUGUACCUGAAGGAGCGCCCUCUGGUCCUUUUUGGAUUUUUCAAAAAAAUCUAUAUUAGGAAAAAUCACGGCUUUAUACUUAUCCCACAGGAGAUCCCUUAUUUGGGAACAAUUGAUCAAGGGAACUAAGGACCCGUGAUAAGACAGUGAAUGUUCUUCUUAGCAUAAGAAUAACAAAGUUAUAUAAAAGGUGCCUCGUCACCCUAGGACAAUGUCGACGUCCCAGGUCCGGGUGUACCACGUCGUUCUUCAGUCAGUUCUUUUACCUUUGUAACGAUUAGACCUCUCUACAUGUAUUAUCCAUCGGGACUCCUUCUACUGAGUCAUGCCAAAAUGAGAGAAUGCUCUCUUAGUUUCGCGUGCCUGUACAUAGUAAUACUGUAUUGUAAUCAUCGACAGUGGGCGCUGGAGGUCGCCUCAAUAUCUCUCUAGAGAGAACGAGUGACUCAAUGUUUGACCGGAACUCUUUCGAAUCGAUCCGUCCUUAGAAUGUCCGUCCGAUGGAUGCACGAUGACUGAGUAUUUAUUAAUAAACUAUUACAGUCUGUGAAAUCUACCAUUGUCCAAUGUAUCGCGAGGAACGUCUUCUUGACUCUUCUACGACGGACAUUUAACAAUUCAGCAAGAUUAAGAGUAACGACAAAAUGCCAUUUGAGGAUUCUGUUUUCUCUUCUUUUUGGGAGAAUCUCUUCGAACUUUCGUGGAUAGGCAAUGGUAUUGGCGACUUGUUUCAUACAUACUCAGAAUGUAUUUCACGUUGAUCCCUCGAGAUCUUCGAACUUUAGUUGAGAAAACUCGAUCCCUGUAACAUAAAAGAAAUUUCGUGCGCCUAUCGCGAGAUAAUGUAUUAUAAAUUUUCAUUAAUCACCAAAUCAGCUAUAGGUAUUGUACUUACACGUAUUUAUUUAAUAAAAAUCAUGUUGUACA